UUCUGUAUUUUUAAUUUUCUGUUAUUCUAUUUUGUUUUCGACAACAUAUUAAGCGCAUUAGCCAUAUUCUUACUGUUUAGUUUAUUAUUUAUUGUUAGUUACUGUUUUAUCUCGUUUAUUUUUUUGUUAGCAUUAAGACUGGUGUUUAGUACCUAAUAAACUCAAGAUUUUUAAAUAAUUUUUAAACUUUUUUUUUAGUUCUUUAUCUUUAAAAAAUGCUUUGUUUACCAACCGAGACAAUACUUGAUGUUUUUAAAUUCCUCAGCUAUAAUCAAUUAUGUUCAAUCAAACAAACUAAUUUUUAUCUCCAUGAUUUUGUUAAUUAUUUUGAAGAAGAACUUGCUCGGGAGAAAUUAUAUGAAAUUUCUAUUGAAGAUUUUGAGCAAUACAAACAACAUCCUCUUACUGAAGCUGAAAACCUUUACUUCUCUUUAAACGAUGGGCAACUUGAAGAGAUGUGGAAAAAUGGAAUAGGAAAUCCAAUUGCUUUGUAUUUGCCUAAUCAAGAUUCAAACAAAAAUCUUGUUAUUCGCUUAACUAAACUUUUCGACAGUGAAUACGUUCUUUUACUUCAACUACCAACAAUUAUUAAAAGCAAAGAGGACAUCAAAAUUGUUUAUAAUUAUUUGAAUAAAUUAUUUAAUUGUUCUUUUGAACGUGGAAACUUUAAAGAAUUUUUAUUCAAUCCAGAAUUGAUUAAAUUAUUAUUUGGAAAUGCUAAAGCUCUUAAACGAAUUUAUAUUAAAAAAUGUUUGAUGUCAAUUACGAAUCAUAAUAUUGAAAAUUUCUUUCAAUUUUCUUUGGAUCAUUUGGAGUGUAAAACUCUUCGAAGUUAUUUUCAAAUACAUGAGGACAUUAUGGAAAAAUAUAAAGAUAUUUUAUUCAAAACUUUAAUAAAAGGAGACAAUUUUGGAAAAAUUAAAUUGGACUUUCACAGUCCUUCAAGCAGGUAUGAUCAAUUUAGAAUUGGAAAAUUGCUAUCGGAUUAUAUUGUUGAGUAUGUAGCAAGAGUCAAACAUUGUUCAAAGGUGGUGAAUAAUAUUAUUGUGGAAUAUUAG